AUGCAGAUCUUCGUCAAGACUCUCACUGGCAAGACCAUCACCCUUGAGGUUGAGUCCAGCGAUACCAUCGACAAUGUCAAGUCAAAGAUCCAGGACAAGGAGGGCAUUCCCCCUGACCAGCAGCGUUUGAUCUUUGCCGGAAAGCAGCUCGAGGACGGUCGCACACUGUCCGACUAUAACAUCCAGAAGGAGUCCACUCUCCAUCUGGUCCUUCGCCUCCGUGGCGGUAUGCAAAUUUUCGUCAAGACCCUGACCGGAAAGACCAUUACCCUUGAGGUUGAGUCUAGCGAUACCAUCGACAACGUGAAGUCAAAGAUCCAGGACAAGGAGGGCAUUCCCCCUGACCAGCAGCGUUUGAUCUUUGCCGGCAAGCAGCUGGAGGACGGUCGUACCCUGUCUGACUAUAACAUCCAGAAAGAGUCCACUCUACACUUGGUCCUCCGUCUCCGUGGUGGUAUGCAGAUUUUCGUCAAGACACUCACCGGCAAGACUAUCACACUUGAAGUCGAGUCAUCCGAUACUAUCGAUAAUGUGAAGUCCAAGAUUCAAGAUAAGGAGGGCAUUCCCCCUGACCAGCAACGUCUCAUCUUUGCCGGAAAGCAGCUUGAGGAUGGUCGCACACUUUCCGAUUACAACAUCCAGAAGGAAUCCACACUCCACCUUGUCCUCCGUCUACGUGGUGGUAUGCAAAUCUUUGUCAAGACUUUGACCGGAAAGACUAUCACACUAGAGGUGGAGAGCUCAGACACCAUCGACAACGUCAAGAGCAAGAUUCAGGACAAGGAGGGUAUUCCUCCUGACCAGCAGCGUCUUAUCUUCGCUGGUAAGCAGCUGGAGGAUGGCCGUACUCUUUCGGACUACAACAUCCAGAAGGAGAGCACUCUGCACCUGGUGUUGCGUCUGCGUGGUGGCCAGUAA